AUGAAGUCCGCUGUCAAGUACACCAUCGCGGCCACUUUGGCUGUUGGCGCAAGCGCUGCCGCUCACCAGCACCCGGGGCACCAGCUUUAUCAUGCCAAGAAGGACAUUGGCUCGCCUGUCAAGCGUGAGGCCAGCGUCGUCCAGGUCUUGGUCGAGCCCACCGAGACCGUUUACCUGCUCGGUGGCAGCGAGAUUGAUGAGACCAAGGCCAAGCAGGGUAUUGCCGAUGGCAAGUUUAUCGUUAUUGGAGAGUCCAACCCUACAGCCGCUCCCGUCACCAUCGCCGAGCAGCCAACCGUCAGCGCUGCUGCUAAGGGCGGUCUCUUCGUUGAGGAGCAGUCUUCUUCCUCCUCCUCCUCCUCCUCUUCUUCGUCUUCCUCGGUCGCUCCUCAGCCCACCACCACGACCGUCAUCCAGAGCUUGACCACCUCGUCCGCAGCUCCCGCCUCGACAUCCUCCGCCAGCUCAUCCCCCAGCACCGGCACCGGCCUGACAAAGACUUUCAAGUCUAAAUCGGUCUCUUGCGACAGCUUCCCCUCCGACUAUGGCGCUAUUGCCCUUCCCUGGCUCGGUCUCGAUGGCUGGUCCGGUAUCCAGAAGUUGAAGAAGUACAACCCUAGCCAGAUCUACAACCUCGUGACCGGAGUCAAGGGCGAGAAGUGCGAGUCUGGAGGUCUCUGCACCUACGCCUGCCCUCCCGGUUACUUCUCUACCCAGUACCCCCUUGAGGAUCAGCAAUCUGACGGAACCAGCAUUGGUGGACUUUUCUGCAACAGCGAUGGCAAGCUCGUGCUCACCAACCCUGACAUCGAUGUUCUUUGCAAGGCCGGUGAGGGAGGUAUCUCGGUCAAGAACGAGCUGUCCAAGGGCGUCGCCGUCUGCCAGACCAUGUACCCCGGUACUGAGAACAUGGUUAUUCCUUCCUACGCCGCGGCUGGCGGUACUGUCGAGCUCUUGAACCCCAAGCAGGACUUCUUCAAGUGGGGUGGUGCUAAGACUUCCGCUCAGUUCUACGUCAACAAGGCCGGCUACACCGUGGAGGAAUCUUGCCAGUGGGAGCCCGAGCACGACCCGACUGGCGCCGGUAACUGGGCUGCAAUCGUUAUUGGCGUUGGCAAGGACGGCGAUAACACCUACAUUUCCAUUCUCCCCAACACCCCCACCAGCACUGCUGUCCUCGGCUUCAACAUCGAAAUCACCGGUAAGGGCCUCAUUGGUUCCUGCAAGUACGAGAACGGUAUCUUCUCCAACGGCGACCCCAAGGGUUGCACGGUUACCGUCCCCUCGGGCGGAAGCGCUGUCUACCGCUUCUACUAA